UCCAUCAGUGGGUAUUAAACUUUUUAUCUCAUAGUUCUGGGUUUCUUUGUUUCAUUGGUUCUUCAUUGGCAGAGAAAGAGGUAUCAAUCAGUUCGGAGAUUUGAGGAGAUCGAGUACUAAACUACUAACACAGAGGACAUUGAGAAGAGGCUUGCGUCUGUGUUCUUUUCUGGAAAUUUGAUUCUGGAUUCCAUGAGAAACGCUCUUCUUCCUUCCCAUCUUUACAACUUCGGACACACUGAUUUUCAGAUGACAAAUUGGGAUUCUCAGAUGAACAUGAACAGAAAGAUUGGCUUUUGCAUGGGGUCCAAAGCAAAUGAAAGUGACAACCAUAACAGAAUUUCUGGAGACUUUUCUGAUGUUCCUCUUGAUCAGUCAGCACUCUUUACCUAUCAAACAGCAGUAACAGCAGGUUAUUCCACUGGAGAAUUCAGAUAUGAUCAUGGCAUUUUUCAGCAGCCACUAUUGUUUGACAAAAGUAUUGAUUCAGCUACCCAUUUUGAAGAAGAUCUUCAGGUCAUACAAAAUGGUAGGAAGCGUCAAAUAAUUGAGGUCAAUGACAUCUUUCCCAAAAAUGACCUCGGUGGUUCAAUUGGUGAGAGAACAACUUCAAAUGAAUGGAACAAAAACAAGAGAAGCAAGGUGACAAAUUCUCAACAACAAUGGCAUAAUCAAUUCCAAGAAAUAUCUAUGGAAACACAAGACAAUAGGAAGUUGCAAGUUCCUGUGAGGAGAAGCCAAAAGCUUAGUGACAAAAUCACUGCUCUUCAAAAAUUGGUUUCCCCCUAUGGCAAGACUGACACUGCCUCAGUUCUUCAAGAGGCUUCGGUUUACAUCGUGCUCCUUCAACAACAAAUUCAGAAUCUGCAUCGGAUCUUUAGUAGUUCAUACAUCAAUGCAGUAGGACUUCAUUCACAAGAAUCUGGGAGUAGUAGCCAAGUGCUUGACCUCAGAAGCAAAGGCCUUUGUUUGGUUCCCAUUUCGAUGACUCAGAAGGUGACUAUGGAAGAGCGUUUUGAUGAGGAUCAUCUUUCUACAUCAAGAAAUUUUGUCAUAGCUAACCAUUUCUAGACUAGCUAUUCCUAUAGGUUAUUUUCAAGUGUUUUUUAAUCCAUUCCAUUUGAAGGAUAAUGUUUGACGCAACUUAGAGGAUCAAAUUCAAAAUCAAAAGGGAGAGGUCCUUGUGUC